GAUGUGGAAAUAAAUAUUUGCGAACAUACUAUGAAAGCGCAAAGGUGGAUGAACGCCUAAAUUACUGAAUGUGGUUUCAUUAAUGGGGCUAAUUAAAGAGAUUGUUGUCUCAUUAUUAAACAGCUAGUCUGAUUAUAAAUGACAAGCAUUCAUGAAUCUGUCAUGGACCUCCUUCCCAGCGAGCUGUGCUUCUCCAUGAGGGUUUGAACCAUGCCUCUUUAUCUUAAUAUCUCCUGUGUGCAGGCAUGACCUUGAAGAGUUAGAAACAGCCUUUAGGCAUGCCUUGGCAUGGGGCUUAUUACGUUUCCUCAUUUCAGCAGUUGGGAUUAUACUGGCACUAUUCUUAAUUUUUUAAAAAUGUUUUCUAAAGAAUAUUUGGGCAUAAAUAUGUGUUGGUUUCUUUUAAUGUCACUGUAGGAUUUAUAAUCCAGGGUAAGGUAACUAUGAUUGUUGUAAUGUGCGUCAGAACUGCCAAGUUCAUUGACAAUUUCAGGUCUCAAGGAAUUGUUUAAAAAACUGGUUACUGGUUUUAGAAGAAAUCUUUCAUUUUAUAAUCAAGGCAAGUAGGCAAUCAUAAGGAACAUGAUCAGUUAGCUUUUUGUGUACAUCUCAGCAUAGAGUACAUUAUCAACAGACCUUAUGCUGCACUUUUAUGGAUGUACUAAAUACUAACUUGCACAUUCAGUUAUUUGCAGGCCUGACAAUAACUAAACUUUGAGUGGGUUUGUGAGGAAAGUGUAUUCACUACAUAACAUGAUGCCCUGGCAUUGGUGUUUGGCUCUGGCCUACCUCCUCACUACCUUGUGGAGCUAAGCAGUUUGUGAUUGGUGAGAUCCACUUUAUGGGGUUUGUUCAUAAAGGUGAGGGCAGGUGACAUAAAUCAGCAUUAGCAAUGUUCACCAAACCCAUGAACCCCAGCACGUCACAACAGGAAACAAAGUAGAAACUAAACUGGAAACAGGAAGGUCCGUUUAUGAGGACCUUCUAUAUCCUUGGUGGUAAGUCCCUCCUGAUGGCUCUUGUGUGAACUGUCAGUUUGUACAUAUGUUUAGGUCUAACCAAAUCAUUUCCAGAUGCUUGCUAAGUAGUAUGGAACUGUACAUCUACUAAAGAGUAAUAUGGCCAUUCUUCUGGACAAAAUUGUUAUAUACAAAUUUGUCCUGUAGUGGACAACAUAUAUAAUAUGUUAUUACAUAUAUAAUAUAAUAUGAAUAAAACAUUAAGAAAUGUUUUAUAGUCAAGGAAAAUAAAAAAGGAACAGUUAUCUCAAAAAUAAUAAACUGGCAUAGUUCUAAUUCCUUUAUCCUUACUGAAUCUCUAUAGCUUGAGUCAUACCAUAACAUCUGUUCUCUUAUAUAACCAUAGCCAUGAACUAUCCUAUCGUAGUCCCAGAGAGAGGGCACUGUUCCCGUUGUAUCCGAUCCAGGAUCAGGGAGUGGGUGGAAAUUUAUGACUCCUCCUUGCCAGAGUCCUCUGGGUGUCAAGCACCAUGCAUGGAGCUUCCCUGCUCGAGAGAUUUCUGGUCAAAGCUGUUCAUAUAAAUUCUACGAUGGCACCAUACAGAAAAUGCCUCGCUAACUGCUUAAACACACAUGCAAUGGAACAAUUUUUCACUGAACAGACUGCAAAUGUAGUCUGAUAUGCACAUGCUCUUGAACAAACAGUCUCUCAAUCAGAAGCUGCUGAUAUUGACUCUUCCAGACAAAAAACAGCUUUGGGUAAAUAAACCGAUAAGAAACAAGCUACUGACAGCAUCGCUGGUAUGACUUGGUAAUUUGCACAUUAGGAUGAGACAUUAAGAGAGAUGCGUGCAAUAUAAACCUUCAUCUCGCUCUCUUUCUGCCUCUCAGAUAAGCGAUCAGGAUGAUAGCAGUGGUCCGGAUCGAUGCGGACAGACCGAUGCGAUGGAGGAGACAACACCUGACCCCGCCUUCGUGGACGUGGACCAGGGCCUGACCCUGGCCUGCAUCGCCUUCCUCUGCCUGCUACUGGUGGCCAUGAUUAUCCGCUGCGCCAAGGUCAUCAUGGACCCCUACAGUGCCAUCCCUACCUCCACAUGGGAGGAGCAGCACCUGGACGACUAGCAGAUCCAGGAGCGUCUCCUCCAGGAUGAGAGGGUCAGGUAACACCACCAAAGCACAGUGACUAGAGACUCCGCGAUUCUCUGAAACUACCUACGGCGCUCUGCCAAGCUGGGUCCGGGUCGAUCCGAGCGGAGGCCUGGGUCCACCAGAAUGAUCCAAUACAGCACAGCCCUUGCAGGACACUACGUGUCCCAGAACAGCUAUCAGUGAGAGAAAUGACCACCAGUCAUCCUGCUCUCCUAAACAACACACAGUGCAUUCUGGGAG